AUGGCACGAAAUUGUUCGUCGGAAAGCACCUGCCGUAAUUGCCGGGGUCAUAAUCACACGUUAAUUUGUACCAGUACAAGCCAACAAUCAUUUCAAGGCAAUGUUUCACACACUACUGGUUCACUGUCUCGUCCGCGUAAUCCAUCUAGCCAACGUAACGAGGAGCAUGUGUCAUCAGCGUCUGCGGUACAACCUGGUACAACGAACAGUAGUAUCCAAGAGGCAUCUAGAAACAAAAUUCUUCUAGCUACAGCUGUUAUUCUACUAGUCGACGGCAGCGGAGGUGAAUAUCCAGUUCGAGCGUUAUUGGACUCAGGAAGCGAGUGCAGUUUUAUCACUGAAAGGGUAACCCAACGCAUGGGCAUCCGCCGUGUAAGGGUUAGCAUUGCAAUUGCGGGUAUUGGACAAUCCUCUACGCGAGUUCUGCCUAAGAUCCGUUCCACAAUAAAAUCACUUAUAACGGAUUUCGUCACCGCAAUCGAACUACUCAUUUUCCCAAAAGUCACUGUGGAUUUACCGUCCAUGUCAGUUGAUGUGACGUCAUGGUCCCUUCCAACGGGAAUACAGCUUCAGGUCGAAAAUUCACUCGGAGAUACUCUGCCUACGCUUGUUAAUUCGGCUUUCGGAUGGAUCGUGUCCGGAAAGGUAAGUGAAGGCGCUCCUCGAAGUGCGUUUGUUUGUAACGUUGCAAGUACGGCGGAUCUGCAUAACGAUAUGAAACGUUUUUGGGCAAUUGAAGACGAACCAACUACAGCGUACUCUCCAGAAGAGGCACUCUGUGAGAAAAUUUUCUCCGAAAUCGUCACUCGAGACUCUGACGGUCGCUAUGUUGUACGAUUACCACUAAAAAGCGAUCUAUUGGACAAUUUGGGUGAUAAUAGGCGUUCCGCCCUACAUAGCUAUCGACUUAUCGAAAAUCUUCUAGGUCGUGAUCCCGGUUUAGCGACGGAGUAUAGAAAAUUCAUGGACGAGUAUUUUCAGCUUGGCCACAUGGAGAGAAUCGAUGAAAACAACGCCUCCUCUCAAGCCUUCUUCCUUCCUCAUCAUCCAGUGAUUCGAGCGGAGAGCAGUACGACGAAGGUUCGCGUCGUAUUUGAUGCCUCCUGUAAGAGCGCAACAGGGCGGUCUCUAAAUGACGUCAUGCUUGUAGGGCCCACCGUGCAACAGGAUUUGAGGUCCAUAAUCAUUCGGUCUCGUUUACACCCAAUAAUGCUUAUCGCCGACAUUACCAAGAUGUAUCGGCAGAUUCGUCUACACCCAGGAGACACACAUCUGCAAAGGAUCUUCUGGCGAUCAACUCCGGACGAACCUAUUGGUGUAUACGAGCUCAAAACGGUUACCUACGCCACUCGAGUUAUUUCGCAGCUGGCAACGGAUGAAAAGUGCCACUAUCUUUUGGCAGCAGAGGUGGCGUGCAAAGACUUUUAUGUCGAUGACCUUUUCACUGGUACAAAAACGGUCAACGAAGCAAUUGAGUUACGCAAACAAAUGGAAGCAAUGUUCAACUCGGCAGGCAUGAAGUUACGAAAAUGGGCAAGCAAUGUUCCAGCUUCUCUUCAAGACGUUCCAGAGGAAAACCGUGCGAUCAAGGAUCUAGUGGACUUCGAUAAGGAUCAUACUGAGUUGGCUUCAGGCAAGACCGUUAACAUGGACUACGUUUGUAGCAAACAGAGUGGCUACAAUCCAGCGCUUAACUCAAAAUUCUAUCAUGAACGCCUUCUUCACGCAGCUGUUCAAUUACUUACCAACACCAUUCGGUUGCGAUUCUGGAUUUUGGUUGGCCGCAGUUUAGCUCGUCAAAUAGUACAAACGUGCAUCGUGUGCUUUCGGGCAAAACCAAAGUUGGUCGAGCAAUUCAUGGCGGAGUUACCUUCUGCGAGAGUAACAGCAUCCAGGCCAUUCUCCAUAGUCGGGAUUGAUUUUUGGGGACCGAUCUAUCUCAAGCCUCGCCAUCGUCGCGAUUCUCCUCCUAAAGCCUACGUAGCAGUAUUCAUCUGUUUCGCUACCAAAGCGGUGCACUAG